GUACUUUACACUUAUGGGGGUGUAUAUUAAAACAAUGAGAUCAUGGGACAUACCACAAGUAAAUUAAGUAUUGAUACUUUGCACUUUGAACUUGUUUCUUUCUCUUUUUCAUAUUGUUUACGCUAAUUUGAAGUGUCACUUGCAUGUCAUCGUAUUUAUCGUAAAUUAUAUAAACGAUAAAACAUCACAGGUUUAUAUCAAUGACAAAACAAUGGUGUAUGUGUAAACACUUCACAUUUGUCUCCAAAUUGUUAUGUAACACAUAGAACUUGCCGUGAACAUAUGUACGUGAUCCUCCAUUCACGUUGACUGAUUGAUUGUUUACUCCAAUACCGGACCCCCGGGGCUCUCGUCUCCGAGGGCAGCGAGUUAAACAUCUGUCUUUGUGGUCGAAUGUCACACUAAUUCUAGACACAAAUAAUGCAAGCACCAGCAAAUAUUAUUUUCACUUCAAAGGCGAAUACUUAAAACAAAAAAUGGAAAAACAAACGGGAUAUUGUGAAGGAUCGUCCCAGGAUUCCUUAGGGAUCAAUCGUAGGCCCUCUGUAACUUACAGGGCCGUAAAGGCUGUGGACGAGUUAGCCAGACAGCUGUCGAUGCCGGACUUUUCCCUGGAGGAUGUUGAGGACCAUUUAGAGAAAGAACUCAAACGAGAGGCUGUCCAUCCCGAGACUACAGUAGCGCUACUCCGUAAUUCGGGGGCGAAGAUUCUGCGCAGUAAGAGGGUGCUCCUGUUAAUAGUGGUCCUCAACGUCCUUGAUUGUGUCCUUGUGUUGGGAGAACUAUUGCUCGACAUUCAUUUUGUCAAAGAUAUGGUGCACAAAGCAAAGCUGUUGACGGUCCGCUUUGCAAUGAUUCUCACAGAAAACUUCGCCCUCUACUUCGGGGACCUUGGUCACAACGACAUUGAUAUAUUUUACAAUCGGAUUCUGUCGGUGAUGUAUCGCAGUGUUUAUAGCAACGAGACUGUCGAUAUCGUUCACAACGCCACCGUGCCGAACUAUACUGUGGUUGACCCUUUUGUGAAGGAGAACGUUCCGCGAUUUUUACGUCAUGACACGGAGACGCCGGUUCUGGAGGAACGGCUAGCGUACGCUUUUCACAAAACCAGCAUUACAAUACUUGGGAUGCUGACGAUGAUGGUUUUGAUGAAAAUAUUCUGUUACGGUUCACGUUUAUUCCGGAAGAAGAUGGAGCUUCUUGAUGGGAUAAUCGUACUCUCAUCAUUUGUGGUGGAUCUAGUUUUCAUCCAGGGAAUGGUGGCGUACCCUUUAGAGGAAGCGGUGCAGAUUCUGGCCUUUCUGAUUCCAUGGCGCAUUGUUCGAGUAGCAAACAGCUUUUUGAUAGCCGUCUUGGACCGUGCCCACUUAAAGCUGAAGAUGGAAUAUAAACAGAAAAAGAAAAUUCAAAAGAAAUUGGAAAUUGCAAUUGAGAAAAAUAUUUAUUACAAGAACGUGAUAUACGAGUUGCGCGACAUGUACAUUGAUGAGAACGUCCCCCAGGCGAAAAUAACAGAAUGCGUAUUAUCAAUAGAUCCUCCAAGAUGUAACAUAUCUACAAAUUUUCAAAAACUGAAAAAAACUCUGCAAUUUCAAUGCAUAAAGAGAAAUACCAGUGAGAAAUAUUCCCCUUCCUCAGCACACAAAGAUACAGAGACUUUUGUCAUGCCAUUUCAAUCACGAAACAGUCAGGUCUCAGAUCACGAACCCCUAACAUCGGCGAUAUCCAAAAGCACAAAGCUGUCAUCUACAUCCAAGUGUCCAGACUAUGGUCCACAAUAUCGCAUGCAGUCCCGUCAUUCUGUUCAUUUCCAUCUCGGGUCUGAUGACUCCUGCGAUAGCUCUGAAGACGAUGAGUUGGAUGACGAUUUUGGAAUAAAACUGCUUGGAUUUUCCGAUGUAGAUCAGCAUGAAAACAAUUCUUGAGAUAGACAAUUGAAGAUUAAAUAUCGACUGUAUUAUUUUUCUUUAGAAUUUUAAUGUUUCAACAUUAGGCAAAAAAAAAAUAUAUAUAUAUGUUGGUUUCCACUUUCAUCUCAAAAUUUUUAAGGGUCGGUAGGCAGGUAUUUUUUUCUUUUUUUUUGUGUGUGUGGAUUUUAUAUGUUGAAUAAUUUUCUAAUGAUUUACUAUUCUACUAUGCAUAAAAUAAUAGUGAUUAUUUAGUAAUCAAAUCAAAUUUAUGAUGAAUCAAUACAGUUCUUCGCUUUACUGUAAACAAAAACUCUCAAAAAGCAAAAUA